UUCCCAAGUUGCUAGUGUUUUUCAUUCAAAUUUAAGUCAUGUCGUAACCCGAAACGCCUCUGAAACCAACCAACCCGACACCCAAAUUCCCAGUGCAGGCAUUUCCGGAAAACUCCAGCUUCAGAUCAGCACGCAGACAUGUCGACCAUCUCGAAGAUCACUUUGGGCAUGGCGGUCUCUGUUUCCACGGCGAUCAUAGGUUAUGUGCAUUAUAAACAGUCGGCAGACCGCCUGAGACUCCACGACGGCGUCUUGAGGGAUGUGGAGCAGCAGCAGCGCCGGAAGCACGAGAAUACCUACACGCUGCAGCAGCAAAUAGACAUGACCAAGCAACUGAGGGCCAGGGAGGCAUCCAGCAACUCCUCCGACACGCCCGUACCUCCAUCGAACACCCCCUCGCAGAGGAACCUCCAAGCGGGGACAGAGGCGAAAGACACGCCCACACCGAGUGCCCAGGAACCCGAGCUUCAGCAGCAUCCGGAGCAACCAGGUGCCGAGGAAACCGGAGAUGCCUCGCCGGCUGAAGCGGCCACUCAGGAAGCUCCCAGCCCUCCAUCAGACGUAGCUUGAUCACCGAAAUGCCUUCCAUUGUGCACUAAAUACUAGAGAAACUCGGGUUAAAUGAAGAAAUUGGUUGCUAAAAAGUA